GUAUUAAUAAUAAUGUCUCCAACACUUAUGCUUGAUGAUGAUUCUAUUAUGACACAUAAGCAUGCAUUUCAAACCGAUGAUACAGGUGAGUUUAUAUUUACGUGGUAUUUCGAUCAAUGGAGCGAAUCUGAUUCUUGUGUGAUUGAAAAUUCUAUUAUGGUUAAUGGUGAAUUAUUUGGAGAUUAAUAAA